GUUUCUUUUCGGGGUUCGGCCAGCAGGGGACCCAGGCAUGAUGAGGCAACACUGCCUCUUGCGGAUUUUGCCUCGGACACGGACCUGUCCUAGUUGCCUUGGUCGGGUCUUGCUGGGCAUAAGACCAUCCUACAUUUCCCAGGCACACCACCGAACUGCGACUGCUGACAUCUGAAUCUGAACUCCCAGGCAGCCCGCAGCAGAACGAUAUGGACAUGAAAGUCCCCCUGACGACAGCAGGCUCGGGCGUCGUGCUGCCGCAAAGCCAUUCCCAUCGACGUCUGCACUAUCCUGUCAAGUUGCUCCUCGUUGUACUCCUCGGUGCUUUUGGGCUGGCCUGGAUUUGGCUGCAGGGUGGUAAUACACAAUGUACCGGUGGUCGGCCUGUCGGGACACCACAACGCUGGUAUGCGGGUGAGUCCCUGCCAUGGCACUCAUGUGGCCAGGUCGGCCGUCAUACCGUCGAAUGCAGCUCUCUCGACGUGCCCAUGGACCACUUUGGCACUGCCGAGUCCAAGCACAAAACGUUCACCAUCCCUUUGAUCCGCCUUCGUGGUCACCCGCAAGCUCGUAACCUCCUGCUCAACCCCGGCGGCCCUGGUGGUAGCGGCAUCGAAUUCCUGUUCAGGAAGGGCGAGCAAUUGCGGGAGGUCGUCGGCGACGAUUUCCACCUUCUUAGCUUCGAUCCUCGUGGCGUCAACGCUUCGAUCCCUGCCGCCCACUGUUAUCCUGACGCCGAGACUGAAGGGAGGCUGUCGUCUGUCCAGGCGAAGUGGGUGCUUGGGCCUGACAACAACCCGGAGCUCUACGCAUGGUCUACAAACUUUGGGAGGGCAUGUGUCGACACCCUCGGCGAGCAUGGCGAAUACAUCAACACUCCGCAGACGGCCGCCGAUAUGAACUCCAUUCUCGAUGCCGUAGGCCAGCAACACAUGUAUUACUGGGGCUUCUCCUACGGUACCUUGCUGGGACAGACCUACGCGACAUUGUUCCCCGAGCGGUCACACAGAGUCAUCAUCGAUGGCGUGGCCAAUCAGUUUGACUGGUUCAACCGCCCGCUCGACGCAGAGACGGUCGAGGACACCGAGGCUGUGCUCGACGGAUUCCUGGACGAGUGUGUCAAGGCUGGUGACAGUUGUAGUCUGUCCGCGAUAGCUAAAACGAAGCAGGGCCUUUGGGACAAGCUCAUUGCCUUCGGGAACGAGCUGCAAGCGCAGCCCCUGAGCAUCUACGUCAACAGUACCACCUGGGGAACCCUGGACUGGACGAAGCUGUUCCACGACGCAAUUUUCCCGGUGCUCUACCGGCCGGCCGACUGGCCUGCGCUUGCUGGAAACCUGACCGAACUAUUGCAAGGGAAUGCAACCGACUUCCUGCUGCAUUACGCCAUGGGAGGUCGCUUCCCACGUCUCGACCAGUCCUUCUUCGUGGUGUACUUCAACGAUGGCGCAAGCGGGUUAAAGCGCUGGCCGGAGGGUUACCAGGCCCUCGACGAUAUCCUCGUGCCGUUCUACAAUGGCACCAUGUUCCGGUCGACUAAUACGAAGGUCUACUUUUUGAAGCAGCAGUGGCCAGUGCCGCGAACUCACCGCUACGUGCCACGCACUGGCGUCAAGACUGCGCACCCGCUUUUGCUACUGACGACCACAUAUGAUCCUGUUUGCCCGAUGGUAUCGGCGAAGAACACCUCCGCAUCCUUCAUCGACUCGAAAAUCAUCGAGGUCAAGGGUUACGGCCACUGCUCCUUAGCCGUCCCUUCCAAGUGCAUGGCCAACCAUGUCCGUGACUUUCUGUACAACGGCACGUUGCCAGAAGCCGAGCAUACGCAGUGCGAGAGGGAUGGUGAGUAUUUCCCGCGUGAUGGGGACGUGCCUGCACUGUCUCUGACAGAGGAGGACGCGAGACUUCAUGCCGCCCAGGUCCAAUUAGCCCAGGACUGGGACCUGGCGCGGUGGUGGUGAAUUAGUUCCAACGUCAAGAAACACAGAUGUAUAUAAUAAUUGCGUGAGCGGCCCACCAGUCAAACUACGAGUCA